AUGAGUGACUCCGAGCAGGAGGCACUGAAGCUGUCUCUCACGAACAUGAAGAUGCAGUUUGGAGAGGAUCCAAAGGAGUACUUUGUUAGCGGCGGCGGCGGCACCAGCAUCGGCAGGAGCGGCGGCGGCGCGGACGGGUUCGGCCAGAGCGCCGUCACCGACAGCAGCAUCGGCGGGAGCGGAGGUGGUGCGGACGGCUUUGGCCAGAGCGCCGUCCCCGAGAGCAGCAUCGGCGGUGGCGGCAUCGGUGACGGGGGGAACGUCAGCAGCAGCAGCAGCAGCAGCGGCGGCGUCCCCGGUCGCCGCGUUGGCGUUGGGUGUCCAGACGACCGCAGAGGCGGCGGUGUCGACAUCGAUGACGGGGGUAACGGCAGCGGCGGCAGCAGCAGCGGAGUUCCCGGUCGCCGCGUUGGCUUCGGGUAUCCAGACGGCCGGAGCGGCGGCGGUAGCGACAUCGAUGGUGGGGGUAACGGCAACGGCGACAGCAGCAGCGGCGUCCCCGGUCGCCACAUUGGCGUCAGGUUCCAGACGGUCGCAGGGUCGCCGGCGGCGGCGCCGGUGACGGAGGGGUGGCGUGCCCCUUCGACAGGGGCAGGAACGGGAGUGGCAGCUUCGGCGGUAACGGCGGCAGCCGCAGCAGCGACGGGAGCGGUGGCUUCGGCCAGACCUCCGACGGCAGCCGCAGACGGCAGCGGCGGCUUCGGCCAGAACCUCGUCGGUGGCAGCGGCGUCAACGGCGGCGGUGGUAAAGGCGGCAGCAGCGACGUCACCGGCAGCCGUGUUGGCGCUGGAACUCAUGACGGUCGUGUCGGCGGGGGAACGCCAACGGCGGCGAUGGCAGCGGCGGCAGCGGCGGUGGCGCCCUCGAGUCGACCGGGAACGGGGAGGACACGGUGACAACGACGACCUCACCUUGUUACAGCCAAGUGGGAGAACAUGUGAAACGUUCACGACUUUGUUCGGUUUAGUGAGCAGACAUGUACGUUUUAGCUUCGCCAUUUGGCUUCGCGUUUGUUUUUUUGUUCUGUUUUUCCCUUGCUAGCGCACCGUGCACUUUGAUGCAGAAAACACGUGU